AUGCUCGAGGAAGAUGCCGCAGGACCGGAUCAAUUAGGCCCGAACGAUCUUGAUCGCCAAAUCGAGAUUGCAAUGAGAUGCGAGCUGAUUUGCGAGACACAAGUAAAGUCGAUAUGCGCCAAAGUUCGAGAGAUUUUGAUCGAGGAGGCUAAUGUUCAAGUCAUCGAUACACCGGUCACAAUCUGUGGCGACAUCCAUGGGCAAUUCCACGAUUUAAUGGAACUUUUCCGAGUCGGUGGCUCUCCACCAAACACCAAUUACCUAUUCCUCGGAGAUUACGUGGAUCGAGGAUACAAUUCCGUCGAGACCUUCAUUCUUCUGAUGCUUCUCAAAUGUCGUUAUCCCGACCGAAUCACUCUUAUCCGCGGAAAUCAUGAAAGCCGGCAGAUCACCCAGGUCUACGGUUUCUACGAUGAGUGUGUGAGAAAAUAUGGAAGUGGUCAGGUCUGGAAGCACUGCACCGAGAUUUUCGACUACCUAUCGCUUGCGGCGGUUAUCGAUGGAAAGCUGUUCUGUGUGCACGGAGGAUUGUCACCUUCCAUCGCAACUCUCGACCAGAUCCGAGUUCUCGAUCGGAAGAUUGAGGUUCCACACGAGGGCCCGAUGUGUGAUCUGCUGUGGUCUGAUCCUGAAGAGGGGUGCUCCGGAUGGGGGAUAAGCCCACGUGGAGCCGGUUAUCUGUUCGGAGGAGAUGCUGCCGAGCUGUUCUGCGAGAAUAAUGAUUUCCUUCGAAUCUGUCGAGCUCAUCAGCUCGUUAUGGAAGGAUAUAAACUUCAUUUUCGCAAGCGGGUCGUCACAGUUUGGUCGGCGCCCAAUUACUGCUAUCGAUGCGGAAACGUGGCGGCAAUCAUGGAGGUCACCGAGGAAAAUAUCGACAGCGACCCCGUUUUUGAAGUUUUCGAAGCGGCAACAGUGGAGAAUCGAGGAGAGCCGAAAAAGCAACCGAUUGCUCAAUAUUUUCUAUGAUUUUUUUUUUGCGAAAAACCCACCCCCAAUUUUACCCUCAUUCUAGCACUUUUACUCGAAAAUCUUAUUUUUCAAUUUCUCAAAGAAAAAAAAUCUCAUUCAUUCUUGUGAAUAUUUCAAUUACUAUCCAUUUUAUCUAGGAAUUCAUAUUUAAUUAUUUGAUUAUUUUAUCAUCAUUUUUUGUAAAUUCUCACCUCCUCCGGGUUCAAAAUAUUUCGGUUAUUGUUUUCCCGCUCAAGUUCUCACCUCAAUUUCUGGUAUUUAUUAUAACACACGAGUGCUCUCCUUUCGAAGAAAAAAUUUCUAAUUUUAA